ACAGUCGGAGAGCGGGGCCGUGAAAGAGCAGAGAAGAGGAGCAAGAGAAGCGAGGAUCCAUCAUUGAGAAUACAGAGCCUAGACAAGAAUCGAUGGAAUGAAACGAUGGAGAAAGCUUACAGCAGAGUCGCCGCAUUUGACAGAGACCUGUAGAGCCCAGCCAGGGCCCAGGGGUUGGUUGCGCCUGCGAACGCAAGCGAACAAGAAGAUCCGAGCGGAAUGAACGAAUGGACGGAUGGGACGUCGAGGAAAGCGAGAGGCAGAUUCGAGUGCGGUCGCAGUGAGCAGGAGUUCAAGCGGCCGAGUUGACAGCAGAGCCGCGCCUGGAGAGAAGUUGAAAUUCAGACGUUCCAGACGGGACGGUAGGUGAGACAGAAGCGCCUCCAGCAUGUGGAGAACGUCAGAAGGUGUGAAGGAUACGUCGUCGCAGCUCCAGCUCCAUCUCCAUCUCCAAGAUGCUCCGCGCCUAGAAAUCACAGCGUGGAGCGGACCAGCACGAUCAAACGCGACGCUUCGAAGCAAGUGCGUGGAUGGUGUGGCUCACAUCUUUGACCGCCUUGCGCUUGCCGGAUUUGUGAUGAGCGAGACCGUACCAAUUCGAUGCGGUCACGGAUUCGUGAUGAUGUUCGAACACUGAGGUGACACGGUCCGUCCGGCAAUGCGUGCGACAAUCUGGCACAAUCAGCGCAAUUUUCGGUUUCAUUGAGGUACCAAAGGAUGCUCUGGUGACCAAGAAAUAGCCAGUUUUGGAGGCUGAUUCACCCUUGCGAAGUCUGAAUCAAUAAGUAGGGGAACCUGGCUUAUCGUCACCAGUGACCUGAAGGUUAUGGUUAAAGAUUAUCAACCGAAAAUGGUCAACAUCCAGAGACCGAAGAAUGAUCCCCCUUCUAAUGAGAUGAUGGAGACACUGCUGACGUUCACCAUUGGCCAAGAGGUGGAGUCCAAGUCGCACGCGCAAGGUUAUCGUGGAGCGUGGUUUAAAUGCAAAAUAGAGGACAUUGACAGGGGUGGUAGAGGACAACUGCGUUUCAAGCUGCGGUACUUGAACUUUCCUGAUGAGGCAUUGCAUUGGUCGCAGGCCUAUCAGCAAAGGCAGCGAGGGAACGCGGCCACAUUUGAACUAAUGUUACGGCCACCCAUGCCACCCAUUAUAACUGAAGAAGAUCUUCCCGAUGUUAUGUUUGACGGCGUGGUGGUCGUUGUAAGAGCUUGGGAAGUUGGAGAUCUUGUAAAUUUUUGGUGUGAUGACGUCUGGUGGGAGUGUUAUGUCAGCGAGAUUGUGGAUCAAGAAACAGUCAAAGUGUCACUAUUCAAACCUCCACACGGAGAAGGCGGUCAACACAGUGUCAAGGGAAGAGCAUUGCGGCCUUCGUUGUCCUGGACUUUGGCGGAUGGUUGGAGUGUUCCAACAAUGAAGGUUGGUUGGUUCACAUAUAAUCAAUUGUGUUCGAGAACAAUGAGAAUCUAGUCACGUGUUUUUUGACUCUUAGACCUUCUCAGUUGGUUACCUUCUUUCACGAUUUUAUAUGUCAACCUGUAGAUAAUCUUCCCAUAUCCCACGUGUGUCUCUGGACUGGAAUAUAUGUUUUGUAAUCUUUCUCGAUUUUAUUGGCUACUUUACUUUUUCAAGCAUUUGAUGCAUGUCCGGCUCUUUCCUUAUUGUGUUCUCCAUGCAUGAUAACUUUUGUGAAUAACUAGUGAGUUUCAAUAUUUAACCAACUGUUUCGAAAGAUCAUUGUCCUGGUGGUCCCUUCCAAGUCUUAUCCUUCUAUGAACCCAUCUCUUCUUUUCCUUAUCGUUGUACUCAAAGAAGUGCUACCAACAAUUAUCUAGAGACUCUCCUUCGCAUAUUUGUUGUUAUUAAGUCUGAUGUCAAUCUCAUCCACUGUCAUUCAACUAAGGAGAAUCGGUGGGCAAUUGCCCAUGGAUCUGUGCUUUUGCAUCGGGGCGAGGGCCAACUGUAUCAAAGAUUUAGACAUGAAAUGAUGGUAGUAGUAAUGCUAGUAUAAUCUUGCCUUCGGUGUGCAUCCUCGAACUGAGGUAACUUCUGUGACCAUUUUCAGUCAAGGAGGACGACCAAUGUUCACUGUUUGUCCUAUGUUUGUCCUAAACCAUAGAUUCCAUUGUCUGUGUGCCUUUGUUGAGAAUAUGACAGCUAUUUAGGUUUUUAUUAUCAGUUUUUGGGUUCGCCGAAUGUUUUUAAACCAAAAUAGUGUCUACUUUUUCUUGUCUCUUGUGUUGCUUCUCGGCCAAUAUUUCUGCAGUAUAUUCGAAUGAUGUAAUUUAUUUCUCGUUUAUGUACUCUCGAUCCCGCCGAAGGCUUUGUGAGGUAUGGAAUUAACCUUGUGUAUAGACUACUUCAAUCAUGUACACAUUAGCGGAUACUUUUCCACUCACAGUAGUCUCUUGAUGUUUUGUCUGUACUAGCAGAUCUGACUUCCCAUGAAUAUUUUUUUCUCUUCGAUGACCUUCUUUUAUUAGCCGCUAUUGACCUGCUUCAAACCUGUUGAGACAUUUAGGAAAGUGACCUUCGGUUUACAUGUACAUAUGAAUUCAAGUAUGUCCUACGUAAAACAGUCUACACCUGGAACGAAUUAAAGAGAAUUGAUGAGUUUUUCCAUUAUAACACUCACGAUCAGGAUCUUGACAUGGUUGUAAGAAUGUCUUAAAGCGUCGUUGAUUAGCUUCUCCUCUAUAGCGUCCUCUGAACAUCUGUCUUAGUGUUUCUAACGGCAUUUGGUUUGCAGAAAAAUUCACAUGGUAGUCCUUGCUCAAGACUAGUAAAACUUUCUUCCAGGCUCCUUGAGAAAGUCGAUUCACCUCUGAAACGCGAUCGAGGAAUUUAUGUUGAUUUUGGAGAUUCGCCAGACGUUAUUGCUCAUCAUUCAGUUCAUGAUCUUCAAAACCAGUUUCCAGCUACCAUGAAGGUGGAGGAUCAAAGGUUUCCUUUUCUAAGUUCUGGAGAAACACCAAUGAAAGUUAAAACUGUACCGAAUCUGAGUGCCCUGAGGAGUGCAGUAGAACCACUUAUAUAUGGGGAUGGCGAAGACAGCGGUAAGGAUGCAGAUUCUGAUAUCAGUGAUAGAGAUGGAGCGGACCUUGCUGAACUCCAGAGGCUGAUGGUGAAGAGACGCUCCCAGAAGAAGAUUGAGAAAUACAGAAAACAGGUCCAGAGAUAUAUUAAAUUAGCUAGGAUAUUUCGUACCAACAAUCACAAGCUUAGAAAAGUUAUUUUGCGCAGGUCAACUGCUAAGAGGCUUUGCAGAGUAUAUUUGCACCACAUAUCGAAGGUCGUAAAGGUAGAUGGUUAGCGUCCAACACAUGGAUGUUGUGAUUGUCUCCCACGAAUUUUAAAAUAUACGGUCGUACCACGGGUUGACAAACUUCUCACCAUUUUGCCAUGUCCACUCCUGAAGCUGGACUAAAGUGUACAUGGAUGAAAGCAGAGAUCGAUCUUUUCCACUUGCUGUAAGCAGUCAUCCAUCAUUUGUAUAAAACUCUGACAAUUGGAAUGC